ACCUCCUGCAGUCCCUUCCAACCCUCACUUUCUGCGAUUCUCAGGCCAACACUGGGGUUGUCUUACGACCUGGCCGCUGGCAUGGCAUCAUUAGGAGGUGCCCUCGGACGGCAGCACCAGCCGCGACUGGCCCGACGCGAGGGAGGCGAGCUGCGACUGGCACUCACCGAGGGGAAGCUGGAAAAGCCCCGCGGGGCCCUGCGCACUCGCCCCAGCCCGACCCGUCUACUCCCGAGGGCACAGCUGCUCGAACCGGCCCCUGCAGCCUCCGCCUUCCGGCCCCGCGGCGGCGACGCGAAUAAAGGAGCGCUGAGCCCGCAGCCGCGUCUAUCCUUGGGUUGUGGGGGCGGGGCGGCAUCCAGCAGCCGCGCACGCGCAGGCAGAGCUGAAGUAGAAGGGUCCCCGCGCGAACGUGGGGGCGGAGCCUCAGGACCCGCCCACUGGCAGCGUCGCGGUCGCUGCUGGGGAAUUAUGACCCUUUUCGCUUCCCGUCCCGUCCCUCCCGCUGGUGGCUGGCGCUAGCGGCGGAGACUGGCCAGCUCGUGCCGCCGCCAUGGUGUUCCAGUGCCAGCGGGACAGCUGGGCCCGGCAGUUCCGCACCCGGGUGCUGUGGUGCCGCCCCGCCGAGCUGCCGCGGGAGCGCGAGGCGCCGCUGUCCGGCUUCUACGUGGGGCUGCAGGACACCAUCCUCUUCCCCGAGGGCGGCGGCCAGCCGGACGACCGGGGCCUCAUCGAGGACAUCCCCGUGCUGCGAGUGACCCGGCAGGGCGCCGAGGCACUGCACUUCAUCCAGACGCCGCUGGAGCCGGGCAGUGAGGUGUUGCUGUCGCUGGACUGGGACAGGAGGUUCGACCACAUGCAGCAGCACUCGGGGCAGCACCUCAUCACUGCCAUUGCAGAUCUGAUGUUUGGAUUCAAAACCACCUCAUGGGAGCUGGGCCGUCAGCGAAGUGUCAUAGAACUGGACACACCCUCGAUGACAAAGGAGCAGGUGGUGGCUUUAGAGGAGAAUGUGAAUGAGAAGAUACGGGCCCAUAUUCCCGUGACGGUGAAGGAGUUCUCUGAUGGUGACCCAGAGGUAGAGAUGGUGAGAACCCGUGGUUUGCCAGAUGACCACACAGGGCCAGUGCGAAUUGUGAGCAUUGAGGAUGUAGAUGACAACAUGUGCUGUGGAACUCAUGUUUCUAACUUAAGCCAAUUACAGGUUAUUAAGCUGCUUGGCACAGAAAAAGGAAAAAAGAACAAAACAAACUUGGUAUUCCUGGCGGGGAAUCGAGUACUGAAGUCUGUUGAACGGAGUCAUAGCACUGAGAAGACUCUCACUUCACUGCUCAAGAAUGGGCCAGAGGAACAUGUGGAAGCUGUGAAGAGGCUGCAGAAUUCUGUGAAGAUGCUUCAGAAGAACAACUUGAACCUGCUUAGAGACCUAGCUGUUUUGACAGCCCAGAGCUUCAAAAGCAACCCAAACCGUGGCCAGCUGUUUGUAUUACAUAGGAAAGAUGGUGACACUGAGUUCAUGAACAUCAUUGCUAAUGAGGUUGGGAUGGAUGAAACCCUGCUGUUCCUAACUGUGGGAGAUGAGAAAGAAGCUGGUCUCUUCCUCCUGGCUGGGCCCAUCAAAAUCGUUGAGAAUUUAGGUCCCAGGGUGGCCGAAAUCUUGGAAGGCAAAGGAGCUGGGAAACGGGGCCGCUUCCAAGGCAAGGCAAACAGGAUGAGCAGGCGAGCUGAAGCACAGGCCCUGCUCCAGGAAUUCAUUGACCAGCAAAGCUCAGAAGUAUGAAGAACAGGCCUCUCCCCUGGACUAUCCUGCCUGGAAGCAUAAUAGUAUGCCACCACUGACACUCCUCUAGAAUAAUAAAGAUAUGGGAAGAAUGA